AUGGCGCAUCCGCGGGUCCCUAUUCUUGCCCCUGCCCGCUCACGCGGCGGCGGCUUUGCCCCUGGGGGUGGCGCCUUCCUGACCGCAGCGGGGCUACCCUUCCAGUGGGGCAACUCCGUCGCCCGUGGACGUCCUCUCCCGCGAGGGAUACGCUACAACUGGGGCGGCGGCAGUGGCGGCAGCAUCAGGAGAGAGGAGGGAGUCGAGGACGCAGAUGCGGACAUGGAGGAGUUGCUGGCCCGGUCCCAGAAGAGACUCCUCAUCGACGUGCGCCCACCGCCGGAAUGGAGAUCGGAGGGGGAGACCGUCAGGAGGAAGGGCAGGGAGUUGCUGUUCCGUGAGUUCUGCCUCCAUCUCGGCCUCACGCCGCAGGAGGUCGGGGCGAUCUGGCGGGGAGACGACUUGGAGGAGAAGGUGCGAGAUUUUCUGGACGAGUGGGGGUGGAGAUACCGGCCUCUGUCACAGAGGGCGGCGGUGGAGAUGCUGGACGAACAUAUGGCGUCGGUGUAUGGAAGAAACACCAGUGCAGAGAGGUCUUCCUCUCCCAUCGGGCCUCUUCGUCUUCUUCUCCGUACCUUGGGCCGCGACCCACAAACGGAGAGCAGAUGA